AUGGCAUUGAACAGCUGUGAUCUGAAGUCAAGCAAACAAUUUAGAUCAAAAAGAGAGGACCAAAGAAAAAAGAUUACCAUAGAAAACCAAAGCACAAAACAUAGAUAGAUGAUGGCUCUCCUACUACAGAAACAACAAGUCCUCUUGACGCUGGCACUCGCCCUUUUGAUCUCUGCCAAUGCGUUUUCCUUGGUACCCUCCAAUAAGCCAAUGGUGGUGCGAUCCGUGAUGACGGUCCUCCGAGCCGAAGAAGAGUCCAAUGAUGAUAAUGACAACAGCACCAGUGACAUUCUCAGUUCCCCAGCAUUUCUCAAGCGAAAAAUCGAUGUCUUGAAGAGUGACAUUGAGGAGGCAGAAGGACAAAUUGCCGAGUUGACGGCCGCAGUGGAAGAAGGCAAGGGCGAAUGGGGAGAACAGCUCGAUAAACUUCGAUCCGAGUACUCCAACAUUCAAGAACGACUUGGAAACCAAAACAAACAAGGUGAUGUCAGAGCCACGGUCCAAGUGGCACGAGAAAUGUUGAGUGUCAUGGACAAUUUCGAUCGCGCAUUUGGCGCCGUCACGCCCGAAUCUCCAGAGGACGAGGCCGUAGAAGCCGAAUACAAAGCAACCUACGAACAAAUCUUGGACACGUUCAAAGAACUGGGAGUCACCACGGUAGAAACUGUUGGUACCGAAUUCAACUACGAGUUUCAUCAGGCUGUCAUGCAAAUCCCAUCCGACGGAUUUGAAGAAGGCAUUGUGUGCGAUGAACUCCAAAAAGGAUUUGUCUUGGGUGAAACAUUGAUUCGACCAGCCAUGGUGGCAGUCGCGGCAUAAACAGAAGAAAGAUAUCGUCGACAAAAACAAAAACAAAACAAUCCACUAAGCUCAAAUCACUGAAUUUCUGACUGCAUUUAUGUGUGCAUGUUGAACAAACAAGAUAGAACGACCAAUGAUUGCUGGUACCGUUCCGUAGAACUUGCUGCUGCAUGCCUCUGCUAGCUAGUAGGGACAAUCCUGUAUAGUUACCGCAUGAUUUUACCGUUUC